AGUCGCGUGCUGUCGUACUGCAAUAACGGUUACASUUAAGUGUGUUGGAGCUAGUAUUAAAGAAAAAUAGCAAAAUACACUUCAACAUCUUUUAUUUUCGAAUACAAAGUGGUUUACACAGUUAAAAUAACGAUUUUCAGUCUCUGUACUGUUUCUAUACGAAAUAUCACAGGAUGAGAGCCAAUAAUGGUCGCAURUGGGGUAAAUUUAAUAACGAUGAAUUCGAAGUGAGAAGUUUAACUGAAUCGGAUUUGGARGAAGCUUUAGAGGUACUAGAUAAAUCAUUCUUUUUGCACGAGUCCAUUUGCAUAGCCUGCGAAAUCAAUCUGCCGGAAAAUGCGCAAGCGCGUGCCGAACUUCGCGAACUAUGCCGCAAAGCAGCAUAUGACGGUGUGUCGCUGGUAGUCAAGCACGUGGAGAGUGGAAAGAUAGUGGGAGUUGCGUUCAAUAAAAUACAGCACAAGCUCAGGCCCUUAUGGACUUUAUGAUUGAGGUAGAUUCGGAGACCGAUGUAUUUGAGCUCUAUAAAAUUGACACACUCCUGGAAUUGAUGUUCCUUUCAACAUUACAAGAAUGGGGUCGUCGUGGUAUCGCAAGUCAAUUAUCGCGCUACACCAUACAGUUGGCGCGUGAGCUCUCCGAAGGUGUUGGUGUCAAUGAAAUGCAUCCCCAACUACRGGAUAAGCGUCCCAAAGCUGUGACUGCAAUCUUUACCUCCAUUUUCUCACAAAAGGCUGGUCGUUCGCAGAAUUUCAAAGUGAUCAACAGUGUACCCUAUACACGCUUUACCUAUAAUGGUAAAACAUUCGAUCAAUCUAUUAAUCCCAUGCACAAAACUUCAGAACAUGUUGUGUUUUUGUUGUAAAGUAAGAAGAAACACAGUUGCAGUAUUGAUUUGACUUAGGAUGGCUUGUGCGCAUUUUGUUUGAAAGAGAUAUGAUUUGGUAAAAUACAGAUAACCAAAGGGUUAUUUUUAUGAUUGAAACGCUAUUGCUAAGCAGCUUUGCACUAGGUCUUUGUCWAAUAUUUGUUAGCAGUAAAUCAUUAUAGUUUUCUGAAUUACAUGUAGUACUUGUAUAACUUAGCACAAAACCCGAUUUUAAUGGAAAGUCAAAUAAAGCCAAGAUUAAUAAGUUUA